CAGGUGGCGGUAACCAAGUAAAACGGCCACCAACCACCGUUAAUGUGAAGAAGAAGAAGAAACGCGUCACUGUUCAAAACAAAAGUUCCGCCUGUCUGGCGCCGUAUCCUCAUGAAGAUGUCUCAAAAUACUCCCGACAAAGACGACCAAACCUCAACUAACAAAAAAACCAUCUCCCUCCCAAUGUCCAGAGUGAGGUUGAUAAUGAAGAGCUCCCCCGAUGUCUCCAGCAUUAACCAGGACGCUCUUUUUCUCACCACCAAGGCUACAGAGCUGUUUGUCCAGCACCUGGCUCUCGCUUCAUUCAACGGCUCCGGGAAAGAAACCAACACUCUAUCAUACAGCGACCUGGCUCAAACCGCAGAGGAGAAGGAGACUUUCCACUUUCUUACAGAUAUCCUGCCUAAGAAGAUCUUGGCUCGAGAUUAUCUUCAAUCUUUGGACCAAAGGCAAGAUGAUGAUGCUGACUUUUAAAAAGGACACUGGCUACAUUUCACAUCUGGACAGAUGUUAUCAAAUGCACAUGUCCUGCCAUUCAUUAACUGCACUGGCAGAAGAGAUACCCUGAACUUUCUCAAUGCUUUUUUGAAUACAUUGAAAGAAUUCAGCUGUAGGGCUCAUGAAAGACGUUAGUGGACACAGAAUUCAAAGUAAAGCCACAUACAGUAGGCAAAAUGUAAAAUCAAGUGAAGACUUAGAAAUCCUUUUCAAACACAACAACACACUGACUCUUAGAGGUACAUAGAUGUUUUACUGUAUGUCUUAAGAUAAAUACUUGCUGA